GGAAUGUUAAAGGCCUUGGUCAACAAUUCCUUGUCGAAGCCACGGAAGAUGUUUGCGAAUGUCUGCCUGCCCUGCUCUUGGUGCAGUUGCUGCUGUCCUCUCCUUGGUGGUACACCAGCAAGUUGGUUGGCAGGGUUGUUGAGGUCGUUGACAGCAAUGACAACAAGGUCUUCAUUUCCAUCAUUGUAGCACCAGUGGGUUGCACCGGCUGGAAUGGCCAAGAUGUGUCCUCGGUGAAUACGAUGCACCCUCUGGUGCUAAUCAAGAGCCAGAAACUUAGGAGAGGGAAAGGGUGGAAGUUAGGCAAAUGAGAGCACAGUGAAAUUCAAUGGCACAACUCGGUGCACUGGAACUGGUCCUCAUUCUCGUCCAACAACCCGGUGACACCACCCUCUGAUCCAAUGCUCUGAGAGGGCUGGCCUGCCAAUAGUCAUUGAAGAUGGCAUUGCCAUGCCUCCCUAAGUUGGGUUGAUUGUUGCCCAAUUCCCACUGAUACAAGAAGAGAGAGGGAGAGAACCAAAAGCAGCUGAGUGGCCAUGGUUUAGCCUUCUUGUAGGUGAUGAAAUGGCUUGAGCCCUAGAGCCAAAUAUAUAGUGAAGAAAGUUUUGGAAAGUAGUGGAAUGGAGUUUGUUUUCUUUUGCAUGAAGGGGAGUGUCGUGAUGUCCAUUGAUAUGUGCCACCUUGCAGUGGUGGUUGUUGGUUAAAGCAUCUUUUACGUGGUGCUAACACCUCUGCAAUGUGCCCACCACUUGACCAGCGUCUCUCUGAGCUUAAUGUACACACAGGAAAUCAUGAAAAGUUGUUUCUAGCUGUGGCUGGGUUUAGCCAUUUACUACUCACUAAGGCUUGGAAAUGGACCUCUCUUUGUGGGUAGGUCUGGUGCCAACAAACUUGGGCUUGAACUUGCAGAUUUGUAAUGUGAAAGAGUGUCUCAAACCAACCUUUGUUCAAUAAUAUUUGGUGUUUAUAGAUGAUCCUGAGCUAUCAAUCUUGAGCAGCUCAUUGGGUAGCAAAGGUCAGUCUUACACAGUUGCUACCGGAGGACUGGGUCUCAACUCUCAACUCAAAUCCACCAAGAGAGUUUUAAGGCUAUCUUACCAUCUGAUUGUAACCUCAUUUCUGAUUAGUUAUAUGGAAUAUAUGCAACCUUUCAAAUAACUUUGGUUGGACCUUGGAACCUUACACAUGUAACUUAUUCUUUUGCUUGGGAAGUUUUAUGGCAAUGGUGUUGAGGGGGCUGGUUGAAGACAGGAACUAAUUGAAGUCUACGGUUUGUCGUUCUAGUCAGAUUGUCACUGAUUAUGGUAG